UGAUGGCCAUCCAUAGAUGACACACAGCAACCAGCACCACCACUUUGCUCCUUGUUGCUUUUGGCACCAACUAUUUUCCUAUAUAAAUGUACAGUCUUCUUGUCUAGUUUUUCACUCCUCUUUUCAACUCAAUCCAAGAUUUUACAUCCAAGAUUAUAGCUGUUGAUCGUCUACAAGGAGCAUCAUCCUCUACCCUCACACCCUGCAAUAGUGUACUACUUCAGCUUGUGAAGAAGAAGAAGAGGAAGAGGAGGGCUCGGAAAGAAAGCCAAUGGCAUCGACUGCAAGCAAUAAUGCGGGCUUCUGCACAAGGUUCAAGCCACAUAUUCUGAUGGUUCUUGCACAGAUUGGCUAUACUUUCCUAUACUUUAUCACUGAAGCAUCCUUCAACCAUGGAAUGAAUCCUAAUGUGUACAUAACUUACCGACACAUUAUAUCCGGUGUGGUGAUGUUUCCUUUUGCCUAUUUCCUUGAAAGAAAACAAAGGCCGAAGUUGACGAUAGCUCUUUUCGUAGAGAUAUUCAUUCUCUCUCUCCUGGGGGUGGGUUUAACUCUGAACAUGUAUUUUGUAAGUAUGAGAUACACCUCUCCAACUUUCGUUGCGUCAAUGGUCAACACCAUCGCUUCUUUGACAUUCGUAAUUGCAGUUGUACUCAGGUUGGAGGUUCUUGAUCUUCGAAAUCCUCGUGGGAUAGCAAAAGUUCUUGGGACUCUGGUUUCCUUGGCUGGUGUAACGACCAUGACAUUAUAUAGAGGUCCUAUCAUGAAACACCUAUGGCAUCCUCUAAUCCAUAUUCAAGGAACGACUGGAAAUAACCAUGAGAGCUGGUUAAAGGGUUCAAUUCUUACUGUUGCAAGCUGCAUAACAUGGUCCAUUUGGUAUAUUAUGCAGGCUUUUACUUUGAAAAGGUAUCCUGCACAACUUUCACUGACUACAUGGAUGAGCUUUGUGGGGGCUGCUCAAUCAGCCGUCUUCACAGCGAUUGUACAACAUAAGAGAGCUGCUUGGACAAUCGGAUUUGACAUCGACUUCUGGUCAAUUGUCUAUGGUGGAAUAGUAGUCUCUGGUUUAAUAAUCUUCUUUCAACUGUGGUGCACGGAAGAAAAAGGACCAGUCUUUGUGACCAUGUUCAAUCCCCUCUCUACAAUCUUAGUGGCAAUUCUGGCAUACUUUGUUCUAGGUGAAAAACUUUACUUGGGCAGCAUACUGGGCGCUGUUAUUGUCAUCAUCGGCUUGUAUUUGCUAUUGUGGGGCAAAGAAGAAGAUCAACAAGUUCACAGUAAAGAAGAAGAACAAUCCCGGUUGGCUUACGAUGAGCAAAAGGAACUUACGAUACAGGUAGUUACUUCAACUGAAAGUAAAGUAUCACCAGGCGGACCUUAAGCUCCAAAUUGAUUAUCUGACACAAGGACCUUUGUUAUGCAUAGCCCCUUUCAAAUUCCAGAGUGUUGUGGCAUAAAGAGAAAUGCUCAAGUGUAAGAACAUGCCAGGUAAAAAUUGAGUCCACACGGAAAUUUUAGACAUGUUUCCUUGUAUUUAAAUGAAAUGCAAAUUGAAAAAAAGAAGAAAGAAUUUCCAGUUACGUACUCAUUAUCGACCUCUCCUUCAGAUAUAACAGAGGAUCUGAUUGUAAUAUUAAUAAUGUUCCCAUGUUAAAAUG